AUGGAGGUCUUCGUUCACAACCUGCCUGCCCAGGGCAACCUUAGCAGCCAAGGCUUGCUGCUGCAGCUGUGGCCAUUUAUGCGGGACCUCAAGAUUUCUGACACCGCAUACGACUGUGAAAAGGCGGCCACGAAACGGCACGCCUUCAUCACAUUUUUGUCAGAAGACGAUGGCAAGCGCUUCCUUGCAUCCCAUGGCGAGGUUCCGCUCACCAGCUCCAUUUUUCACAGCAGGGGUCCUGUCCGUGGCACCGCUUCGCGGUUAAAAAUCCUCGGUGCCCAUGUCAUGUGCCGGGAGAGUAACCGACCUCCGAGCCGCGCCUCACUCGGAGUGCUGGCUGCAAGAGAGAAUGAGCGGUUGAAGAAGCAAAAGCAGGGCAAACCACACACCGGAAACAAGACAAACUCUGUGGUGACUGGACCCGCUCCGACCGGUAAGCAGACAACGCAAACCACCUCCGCCAACGACAAGUCCUUCUUUUACGAGAGAUUUAGCUGCGGCUAUUACAAGUACAUCAAUGGUGGCGAGCUCGUUUUUGUUCCCGAGUACGUUCAGGUUGAACAGAAGGGCCUGGCAGAGUUCGGCAAACGGCACUUGACCAUCACCAGCGAUGACCGUCGAGUGAUAUACGUCCCGCUGUCCACUAUUCAGGAGAUUGUCUGGUCGCCCCAGGGACUCAUCACACUCACAUUGAGUACGGUGCCCUUGUUUUUCUCUGCCCCAAAUGAUGCGGACAGACGGUGGCGGCUGACAGCCCUCGAUGACCGCCAUGCCAAGAUUGUUGGCAAAUGCUUGGUCUAUCACAUCGUCGUCCGACCAGAGCAGAUCCAUCGCAAAAUGCAGCGUCUUGCCAACUUAGGCGGCUUAACCGUGACCCGGCAUGACGUGCACUACGCCGCGGGUCCAGAUUUCUCCACCAGCGACGCGAACUUGCGCACACUCCUCAGCCAGCUCACGACAGCCAAGCGCCUGCCGUUCUCCAUCUUGUUGCAGCUUCAAGCCUUCGCCAGCAAUGCAUAUUUGCAUCCAGAUACGGUGAGCAAGCUGGCUCGAAAACUUGCCUCCAGCCACGACGCGGCGCCCAUUUCGGCCGAGGCAAUGAAGAAACUCUUCCAGGCCAUUGACUGGCCCACGCCGAAUCACCACGAUCCGGGCGAGUUCGAAGUGCCUGCCCUCUACGACUACCUUCUCGAGACAGAACAGGGCAUGAACAAAGGGCUCUACGUCCGCGAGGGACUGGUCAACCCCGGCCGCAACCUGACCGCCAUCCAUCGUAUCAUGGUGACGCCGACCCACCAGACACUCCACGGUCCGGAACUCGAAAACAAAAAUCGCGUCUUGCGCAAGUUUCCCAAUCACCACGACUAUUUCAUCCGCGUUCAGUUCUGCGACGAGGAUGGUCAGAGCCUGCGCUUCAACAGCCGCGUUGACUUUACCCACGUCUACGAUCGGUUCCGCAAAGCAAUGGUCGACGGUAUCAGCGUGGCGGGCCGGACCUACAUAUUUCUGGGAUGGUCUCACUCCUCUCUGCGCUCUCACUCCAUGUGGUUCGUGGCCCCUUUUAUCGACGACAACGGCCAGCUACAGAAGCACUUUACCAUCAUCUCUGCCCUGGGCAAUUUUGACACCAUCUACUCGCCCGCCCGUUGUGCUGCUCGCAUUGGUCAGGCGUUUUCGGAGACACCAUUUGCCGUGCCAAUGGCCGAGAACAACAUCAUGACGGCGUCCGGCACCAUCUCGUGGAAAGCUGCCGAGGCAAUUUGGAAGCAGUUACCGCGUGGCAAGAAGAAGCCCACCUGCUUUCAGAUUCGGUUUGCCGGUGCCAAGGGCAUGCUGGCUCUCGAUUCACGGUUGACCGACAACAGAAUUUGCCUGCGGCCCUCCAUGAUCAAGUUCAAGAGCACAGAAAUGGCCAACCUUGAGAUCUGCGACAUGGCCACGCAACCCAUUCCCCUGUACCUGAACCGCCAGCUGAUCAAGAUCCUCGAGGACAUGGGUGUUCCCACGUCCUGGUUUCAAAAGCUUCAGGACGAUGCAUUGCGCGAGCUGAAGCUCAUAACGUCCAGCCCGUACAACAUGGCCAGGUUUCUCAAGGUGCAAGCAGUAGCCACAGCCAUCAAGCUGCACAAGCUUCUGCUGCUGGCUGAUCGUCUGGGCCUCGACUUCCGCACAGACCCCUUCCUGCGCCGCGCCACAGACGCCGUCAUCUUGCGCGAGCUGCGUCUGCUGAAGCACAAGGCUCGUAUGUUUGUUCCCUUGGGCAUUACACUGUUUGGCAUAAUCGACGAAACGGGCUAUCUCCGUGAAAAUGAGGUGUACAUUACGUUUGAUGUUCCCAAGAACGGCUCCAAGUCACGGCGCUUCCGUGCACCGCCUGGCAAUGGCGAUCCGGUGAUAGUAACACGCUCGCCUGCACUGCAUCCUGGUGAUAACCAGCGGGCGACAAAUGUGCAUCCUCCCGCUGCUGAUGCCACCCACCCACUGCACUACCUCCGCAACUGCAUCGUGUUCAGCUCGAAAGGCGUUCGUGACCUACCAAGCCAGCUCAGCGGCGGCGACCUAGACGGUGAUAUUUUCAACAUCAUAUGGGACCCAGUGGUCUGUGACCUACCGGGGCUCAAAACGUUCGUGCCGGCCGACUACCCGCGCCAAGACCCCGUCAAUAUUGGGCGGCGCGUGACGACGGCCGACAUUGCAGAUUUCUUCCUUGAUUUUCUUCGCACCGACCACUUGGGUACCAUUGCGACACGCCACAUGAUUCUUGCGGACCAGUUGCCGGAAGGCACACGUGAAACUAACUGUAUCCAACUGGCCGCGUUGCACUCGACAGCUGUGGACUUUUCCAAAACGGGCAUUCCUGCCGACCUCAAGAACAUGCCCCAUGCCAACCGGUACCGACCGGACUUUCUGUCUCCCGGGCCGAUUGUGGAAGUGCACAGCCGCAAGGACAUUGACCUGGAGCAAUUCAUGGCGAAGACGGUCGACGGCGACGACGCUGACGAUGACGACACGCACGAGCUCGACGCACCCACCUACAAGUACUACCAGUCGACGAAGACGCUCGGCACCCUGUACCGGGCGAUUGACGAGCGCCGAAUCUGGCAAGACGACGUGCGCUACACAAAUAGCAAUGGCAAUGACGAUGCAGACGAGGAGCCCAUGUUCUAUGAUGCCUUUUUGGAAUGGGCAACCCAUGAGUGUGAGCUGCUUGGGGGCACAAACUGGCAGCAACGCACAGACGAGGCGCUGCGGAUUCGGUCUGCGUACGAAGACUCCAUUUUGACGACCAUGUACGAGUUCUCGGAACAUCCGACGCUGCCAAUCACAGAGCUCGAGGUGUUUAUCGGCACGAUUGUGAACAAAACAGGCUCUCAGACGCUGCGGCAGCGCGACCGGUCGCGCAAGCUGCGGGAUGAGUAUGAACGCAUCUCCUCGUGGAUUACAGCACAGAUUCGGCCUCAUGGACGAACAAACGAAGACAAUGGUGGCGUGGACGAGGAGAAUGAUGGAGACGACAGCGAGGAAGACGACUUUGACAAGGAAGGGCGAGACUGGCGGUCGCAGCGCCUUGCAGUUUUAGAAUUGUGUCUCGCGUGCACGUACAGCCAGAAGGAAGACAAGAAAAACGAAAAGGACGAUCGCAGGACGGAACGGAACGGAGUCGGACACGCACCGAAAAACAAAAACAAUAACCGGGUUGAGUCGUUCUGGCUCGUGGCGGCGUCGGCGCUGAUCCGAGAGCUCGAAUUUAUCCACCGCGGCCUUCGGUUUGAUGCCGAUUUGAGGCAGGACAUGGCGCAGCUGUCGCUUGGUGGUAGGGCGGCAGUAGUCGGCUGGGCAUUUGGCUAUUGA